UAGCAACUCUGAUUUCUGAUGGACACGUCAAAAUCAAUUUGACGUAAACAUGGAUGGUCAACCAUUGGAGCCCACAUUGUAUACAGUGAAAGGAAUGGCCAUCCUUGAUAAUGAUGGCAACAGGAUACUGGCAAAGUACUAUGACAAAAAUGUGUUUCCAACAUCAAAGGAGCAAAAAACCUUCGAGAAAAAUCUGUUUAGUAAAACACAUCGAGCAAACGCAGAGAUCAUCAUGUUAGAUGGUUUGACUUGCGUGUACAGAAGUAACGUUGAUUUGUUUUUCUAUGUUAUGGGCAGCUCACAUGAAAACGAAUUGAUCUUAAUGAGUGUCCUAAACUGUCUGUACGACUCGGUUAGCUCGAUCCUCAGAAAGAAUGUGGAGAAGAGAGCAGUACUGGAUAGCUUGGACAUAGUAAUGCUAGCGAUGGAUGAAAUUUGCGAUGGCGGUAUAAUUUUGGAUGCGGAUGCGACGAGUGUGGUGCAGAGGGUAGCACUGCGAACGGAUGACAUUCCACUUGGAGAACAAACAGUAGCGCAGGUAUUGCAAUCAGCUAAAGAACAGCUCAAGUGGUCAUUAUUAAAAUAAAUACUUUUUUUAUACAUAAUUCUUUCUCGUAAACACGU